AUGCCUCUUUCUUCUUCUUGUAUAUCUAUUGAACUUCUUCCAGAAUUUGGUUGGUCUAUUAAAGACCAAGCUGUUUAUGGCCCUGGAUCAGUCUUCCAAGGUUUUGUUAAAUUAAAUAUGAAAGCAUUGGAUGUAGAAAGGGUUCGCCUUGUUUUUUAUGCUACAGAAACCAUUCCUCCUUUUGAUAUUGCACCUGGCGUGAUGCGAACUUCUCGACACACUCUUUUUAGUAUUCAACAAGUACUUUGGGAAUCCAAAGACCAAGCAUUAAAAGUGGAUACCAAUUCUGAUUGCUCUUUACCUUUUACAAUUCAGAUGCCUAUGGUUCAGUUUCCUCCUUCUAUAAGCCACUCUGUCUAUGAAUGUCUUUUUCAGUUGAUUGCUAUUGUUGACACACCUGCUUCUCUGCAAAAGAAAGCAAUGCCUAUUAAAACUGAAAUACCAGUUAUAUGUAUGCCUUUUAUUGAAACAAGUAUCUUAAAGACGCCAUUGCUUCUAGAAUCUCAAAACGGACGUUUGUCGGCAAGGAUUAAGAUGGCCACAAAGGACUUUGUGCCUUGUGAUUUUGUUAGCAUUGGUCUUCACGUGGAUAGCGCGAACAAUGGCAAGAAAAGAUCGAAUACGCUCCAAUAUGUCACUGUACAACUCAAAUUGAUCCAGACUAUGCAGAUUCGUGUCUUUGAUGAUAUACCUGAUCAGACCAAGACAGUAGCAAGCGCUGCUCAGAAAUUGCUGUUGAUUAGUCGCCUAAAUGGAAAUAGUUCUUAUUGUGAUGCAGAUUUGUCCCUAAAAAUUCCUGCUGAUGUUACUCCCUCUUACAAUUAUGGAAGACUCGUCCAAAUCUCCUACAAGCUUCAGGUAUCUGUGGAACAAAAGGGUCCUAUGGGCGGCAUCUGGAACUAUAUGGUAUCCCUUGAUGAUAUUCCAAUGGCAAUAGGUACACUUGGGCACGGUAUUCGAUCUUCAAAUGAACUUCAAAUGUAUUCUAGUUGUGAACAACGCAAUUCUGAUAUGCUUGUUCCUAAAUUUAUGAAGGCUAUUGAAUAUGAAGAUGCAUUGCCAGUUUAUGAUCCAUGCAGAUUACCUGACUACACAACUUUAACUACUGCUACUGCUGCUAUUAACUCUUGAAAGAAGUAUUUAUUGAUUGCAUUAUUUAUUUAGACCUUUGUAUAUAUCUUCAUUUCUCUGCGUGCUUCAUAAUAAAAAUACGCAUUUCUAGAAUUCAC